AGCCGGGGCCCCAAAGGUCGCCCGGACGGGCCCCGCCGGCACCGCCCUGCCCUGCCCCAGAGGCGUUCCCGGCCGCGACUGCUGCCCUAACGGGCUCCGGCGGCGGCCGGGGGCGCCCCGCCCUUCCCGGACCCGCCCCCGGCUCCAUCUUGCCCCGGACCAGGUUGGGCCGUGACGCUGCUCCGCGGGGUCAGAAUGUCAUACCCAGGCUAUCCCCCCACAGGCUACCCACCUUUCCCUGGAUAUCCCCCGACAGGUCAGGAGUCAUCUUUCCCCCCUCCUGGUCAGUAUCCUUACCCUAGUGGUUUUCCUCCAAUGGGAGGAGGUGCCUACCCACCAGCACCAAGUGGUGGCUACCCAGGAGCGGGAGGCUACCCUGCCCCUGGUGGUUAUCCAGCCCCUGGAGGCUAUCCCGGCGCCCCGCACCCAGGCGGGGCUCCAUCCUAUCCUGGAGGCCAAGGGUUUGGAGCUCCACCAGGUGGAGCAGGCUUUCCUGGCUAUCCACAGCCACCUACACAGUCUUAUGGGGGUGGCCCAGCACAGGUCCCGCUACCUGGUGGUUUUCCUGGGGGAGCGAUGCCUUCUCAGUAUCCUGGAGGACAAUCUCCCUACCCUAGUCAGAUCAAUACAGAAUCCUUUCCUUCCUAUCCUGUUUUCUCUCCUGUUUCUUUGGAUUAUAGCAGUGAACCUGCUGCGAUGACUCAGGGAACUCACGGAACAAUCCGACCUGCUGCCAAUUUCGAUGCCAUGAGAGAUGCUGAAGUUCUUCGUAAAGCGAUGAAGGGUUUUGGUACAGACGAGCAGGCAAUUAUAGAUGUUGUGGCCAAUCGUUCCAAUGACCAAAGGCAAAAAAUUAAAGCAGCUUUUAAGACCAUGUAUGGCAAGGAUUUAAUCAAAGAUCUUAAAUCAGAGUUAAGUGGAAAUAUGGAAGAACUGAUCCUUGCCCUGUUCAUGCCACCUACGUAUUAUGAUGCCUGGAGUUUACGGAAUGCAAUGAAGGGAGCAGGAACUCAGGAACGUGUGUUGAUUGAAAUUUUGUGCACAAGAACAAACCAGGAAAUCCGAGAAAUAGUCAGAUGUUAUCAAUCAGAAUUUGGACGAGACCUUGAAAAGGACAUUAGGUCAGAUACAUCAGGGCAUUUUGAACGUUUACUUGUAUCCAUGUGCCAGGGAAACCGUGAUGAGAACCAGAAUGUUAACCACCAACUGGCUCAGGACGAUGCCCAGCGUCUCUACCAGGCUGGUGAGGGGAGACUAGGGACAGAUGAAUCUUGCUUUAACAUGGUUCUUGCCACAAGAAGCUUUCCUCAGCUGAAAGCUACCAUGGAGGCCUAUUCCAGGAUGGCUAAUCGAGAUUUGUUAAGCAGUGUCAGCCGUGAGUUUUCCGGAAAUGUUGAAAGCGGUUUGAAAACCAUCUUGCAGUGUGCCCUGAACCGCCCUGCCUUCUUUGCUGAGAGGCUCUACUAUUCUAUGAAAGGCGCCGGCACAGAUGACUCCACCCUGGUCAGGAUUGUGGUCACUCGAAGUGAGAUUGAUCUUGUGCAGAUAAAACAGAUGUUCAGUCAGAUGUAUCAGAAGACGCUGGGCACAGUGAUUGCAAGUGACACGAGUGGAGAUUACCAAAAGCUUCUUCUGGCCAUUGUGGGCCAGUAGGAGAGAUUUUUAUAAAUGAAUGAAGCUAUUCAAAGCUUAUCCUUCAAAGCAAUGACUGACCUGCAUGCAGCAACAUCAACCCUCACCUAACCAAAAGAGCUUUUACUAAGGACUGUGUCAGGGUAUUGUGCUUGGUUUGCACAUGUGGUUAUUGCCUUAAGUCCAAUGUUAUUUUUUUCUCUAUGUACAAUCAAGUAAAGUCAUAUCACAAUGAUGAAGUAAUAAUGCAAUGUUUGUAAAGCCUAAUUCUCACUGCUCUUAUUCUAAAUAAGGUACCAAAUUGAGUAAAAGUCACAACAGUUUCAAAUUCUGUGUAAUAAUAUUGAAUAAAUUUGAAUAAAUAAUAUUGAACAUUAGAAAAAACCCUUUGCUUUCCAUUGGACAGUUAUAGUUGGUAAUAUGUCAAAACUAUAUUACUUUUUAAAACAAAUUCAGCUGUUUUGACCUAGAAGAGUAAUUUGCAUCUUACUUCACAUAAAUUAGUAUUCUAUAUUCAUAAAUGCUGAACUUCCCACAUAGAAAAUAGUUUAGUAUUGGCUGUAGCAGCUUUUUAAAAAGAGAUUAUAUGUUUAUAUGCCUAAAAUAUAUAACCUACUUUUAUGUCUACUAAGACUGCCUAUAGAUCUUUAUUGGCCCUUGAUUUCUUAAAAGAAAUUAUAAACUAAUUUUAGUUGCAGUUUAAUCAUGGUUCAAGAAAAUGAAGCUUGACACAUAAAAGGUGCCAAAUUAAUGAAUGAAUGAAGCUUAAAUCAUCUUCCUGGGAGAUUGAAUAUUAGUUCUUUGGAGAAGUAGUUCAGGAACUCAGUUAGUGCUAUAGCAGUGUGAUUUCAAACCUGGGUUUAUUCCCAGUACUGAGCAAUUGCUUAGUAUGUUGAGCAUUACAAUAGGUAGUUAGGGAAACUACAAAGGAAGGAGGUUUGUAAUCUAGUGGGGGAAUCUAAACAAAAAUUAGGAUACAAGGGUAUUGUUAGAUUAUAAAUUCUUCUGAGAAUAAUAACCCUAUUUGUUCUUUUUGUUGAACUCCCUGGCACAAAGCAGAUAUUUAAUAUAUAUAUGGUGAAUGAUUGUACUAAAAAUUGAGGGAAAGAAUAGUAAAUAUCAAUUGUAAUUCAAUGAACAUUUAUUUGGUGGUAAGUGCCAAGGGACAUACAUGCAAGGUGGUAUAAGACACAACCUUACUCUUAGAGAGAUAGGCCUAUGUACAACUGUAGUGUAAGGUGAAAGCAAGAUACAUUGGUAGAAGGAUAACAGGCCAAGAUAGAUUUCUGACAUAGAUUUUGGAAAAGUAACUAACAGCAAUGGGAUUUGGUCAAGGAAAAGGGUGUAAGUUAUUAAGGAAAAAAUUUGUGAGAAUUAUAUUUUUGAACUUUUAAAGAUUGAGAUAUAACUCAUAUAUCAUACCAUUCAUCCUUUUAAAGUGUACAAUUUAGUGGGUUUUUAGGAUAUUCACACACUUGUGCAAUAGUCACCAGAAUCAAUUUUUGUAUAUUUUCAUCACCCAAAAAGAGAACUUCCACCCAUUAGCAGUCAGUCCUUCUUUCCUUUCUUCCUGCCUGUCCCCUGGCAAUCACUAAUCUACUUUCUGUCUCUAUGGAUUUCCCUGUUGCGGGCUUUAUGUAUAAAUGAAAUUAUACAAUGUGUGGCCCUUUGUGUCUGGCUUCUUUUAAUUAACGUACUGUUUUUAAGGUUCACCUGUGUUGUAGCAUGAAUCAGUACUUCAUUCUGUUUAUGGCUGAAUAAUCCAUUGCUUGGAUCUACAUUUUGCUUGUCCAUUUGUCAGUUGAUGGACAUUCAGGUUGUUUUUACCUAUUUACCAUUAUGAAUAAUGCUGCUAUGAAUAUUCAUGCACAAGCUUUUCUGUGGACACAAGUUUUCAAUUCUCUUGGCUAUAAUAACAGGAGAGGAAUUGCUGGUAGUAGUAUCUUUAACUUUUUGAGGAUCUGCCAAACUAUUUUCCAAAGCAGCUGUACCAUUUUACAGUCCUACCAUCAAUGAAUGAGGCUUCCAAUGUCUCUUCAUUCUUAGCGACACUAUCAUUGUCUCUUUGAUUCUAACCAUCCUAGUGGAUGUAAAGUGGCAUCUCAUUGCAGUUUUGAUUUGCAUUUCCCUAAUAACUAAUGAAUAUAUUUUCUUUACUGGACAUAUUUUCUUGAUUAUCCAUUUGCAUAUCUUCUUUGGGAAAAUAUCUAUUAAAAUGCCUGUUAUUGAGAAUUCCCUGGCAAUCCAGUGGUUAGGACUCCAUGCUGCUGCUGCUGGAGGCCCAGGUUUGAUCCCCUGUUGGGGGAACUAAGAUCCCACAAACCAUGUGGUCCCAAAAAAGACUACGAUGUGUAUAAGGUAGGAUAGUUAUCUCAGCACAAAUUCAGUCGCAAUCUUCGCUUGGGAAAAAAUCCAGGGAGCAACGUCUUACUCAACAGUUACAUGUUUUUAUUUUUGAGAACUUUUAUGACUUAUAACACUAACUUUAAAAGCAUUUUUCUCAAUUUUUAUAAUUUUAAUAUGUUUAUUAGCAGAAAUGCAAUUUAUUUUUAAAAUUAGACUCGUGACUAUCCAUGGAAAGUAAUGUGUGAGUGUGUGUAUAGUUUAAUAAUUUGUUUUGAAAUAAUUUCAAAUGUAUAGAAAAAUUGCUAGGACAGUACAAAGAACUCCCAUGUCCUCUUUACCUAGAUUCUCAUACAGUUAAUAUUUUAUUGGUUCAUUACUUACUCUGAGUGUGUGUGUGCGUGCAUAUGUCUUUUGUUAUUAGUCUUUAUCUGAACUGUUGGUGGGUUGAGAGAGAAAACUGCAGUCAUCCUGUCCCAUCACUCCUAAACACUCCAGCGGGUGUUUUCCCCUAAACAGGAUCACUCUUCUACAUAAUGGCAAACAAUCUUCCACAUCAGUAAAUCAAUAUUGGUACCACACUACCACCCAAUCUAUUAAGCCUAUUCAAAUUUCGCCCACUAUCCCAACAAUGUCUCUUUUCAUUUCUGGGUCAACAUCCUGUACAGGAAUACGUACUGCAUUUAGUUGUGUAUUUUCAGACUCCUUUAAUCUGAAAGAGUUGCCAGUCUUUUGUAGCCUUUACAGUUUUAUUAAAAGGUACAAGCUUUUAUUAUAGGAUGGCUUACAACCUGGGUCCUUUGUCUGUAGGAAUACCACAAAAUGAUGCUUUGCUUUUCUCAGUGAGUCUCAUCAGGAGGCAUAAAAUGUAGACUCCUCCCGACACUGGUGAUGUUAACCUUGAUCACUUGAUCAUGCUGGCUUCUUAAAUUCAGUUUUUCCUUUGUAAUUGAUUAGUAUUCCAAAAUCAUGCCAGUAAAUUAUUCCUUAUCAAAUCUCCACAUACCAGCCUUAGCACUGAAGACCCCUGUCUAAAUCAUCCACUUCUAUAGUUGGUGCCAAGUGGUAAUUCUCUAUUUCAAUCAUUUCCUCUCCAUUAUUGGAUUGGCAUUCAACUGCUAUAAAGAGCUUACCUUUCUCUUCAUCAUAUCAAUGUGAACUUGUGUAUUCCUAUCUUAUUCAACAGAUUGUAAUCCAUUAUUGUUUACUUUGAUGUUCAAAUUGUCUGAAUUGGCCAGGAGCCCCCCUCAAGUGGCUCCUAACAGUGCAACAUUUUAAAGUAUGUAUACUGCCAAGAUUCAUUCACAUGGUGAAUAGCUAUAGUUCAUUCAUUUCGACUGCUUUGUAAUAUGCGAUUUUUUGAAUAUAUUAUCAGUGUAUUCAUCCACUCUUCCUUUGGGUUGUUUCCAGGUUUUUGCUAUUGUAUUUUGCCUUUCCAACUCUGAGGUAAUGCUGAAUUUCAAAUGUAUUAAAGUUUUCCAUUAACAUCAUAUACUUGGAGUCUGUUUAUUGUGUAAAUAUUGCACACUAGAAGCAGAGUGGUUUUGCAUUCUUCCCAACAGUGUGUGAGACGCUUACUUUGCAAAUAUUGUCUUAGCUGCAUUUUUCACGGAGAAAGACUUAAAUGAUCUGUUUUCAAAAUCGUUUAAUAAAGAUUUUUAUCUUUAAAUAAA